CCAGUCGCGGGGAGCCAGCAUAGCCUGGCAAAUUCAAACUGCUGGGCGCACUGCUGCCACCCGCUCUGAAGCGCUCGCCAGGGAUCAACCAUAGCAGCCACCCGCACCGCUCCCUCACCCCCUCCCCCGCUCUCCUCAGCUCCUAGCAGAGGCUGGGAUCCCCUGCACCCGGGCCUCCCUCCUCUUCCUCGCCACCACCAACUGGAUCUUUCAUUUAUGCUCACCCAUCCCUACCCCCCACACACACCGCCCCGCUGAAUUGGUUGGCCAAGAGGGAAGCCUAGAGAAAGCAGGGUGUCCCCCCCGGAAGCGGCAGCGUCUUUUACCUCGCUCUCCUUUCUCUUUCCGAAGAUGCUGAACUCCGGGCGGACUGCAGCGGAGAAGGCGCCCAUCUUCUCCUGAUGCGUUUGCCUGGAGGUACCUGAGUGGCCACUGAAGGUGCCUAAAGAUGCUGAGCAGCGUCUGGGUCGUCAGUUUGUUAACCGUGGCCGGGAUCUUACAGACAGAAAGUCGCAAAAGUGCCAAAGACAUUUGCAAGCUGCGCUGUGCGUGCGAGGAAAAGGAGAAUGUGCUGAACAUCAACUGUGAGAACAAAGGUUUCACGGCCAUCAGCCUGCUGCAGCCGCCCCAGUACCGCAUGUACCAGCUCUUCCUCAACGGGAACCUCCUGAGCCGCCUGUACCCCAACGACUUCGUCAACUACUCCAACGCCAUCACUCUGCACCUGGGCAACAACGGGCUGCAAGAGAUCCGCACUGGGGCCUUCAGCGGCCUCAAGACCCUCAAGCGACUGCACCUCAACAACAACAAGCUCGAGGUGCUGAGGGAGGACACGUUCCUGGGCCUGGAGAGCCUGGAGUACCUGCAGGCAGACUACAACUACAUCAGUGCCAUUGAGCCUGGGGCCUUCAGCAAGCUCAACAAGCUCAAGGUGCUCAUCCUCAAUGACAACCUUCUGCUCUCUCUGCCCAGCAAUGUGUUCCGCUUCGUCCUGCUGACCCACCUGGACCUGCGAGGGAACCGGCUCAAAGUCAUGCCCUUCGCAGGGGUCCUGGAGCACAUCGGGGGCAUCAUGGAGAUCCAGCUGGAGGAGAACCCCUGGAACUGCACCUGCGACCUGCUGCCCCUCAAGGCCUGGUUGGACACCAUCACUGUGUUCGUGGGGGAGAUUGUUUGUGAGACCCCCUUCCGGCUGCACGGCAAGGAUGUGACCCAGCUGACCCGCCAGGACCUGUGUCCCCGGAAGAGCCUGGGAGCCAGUGAUGGUGGCCAGAGGGGCGGCCACUCAGACACCCACAUCCAAAGGCCCACGAUGAAUUCUGCCCUCAACCCCACCAGGGUGCCCAAAGCCAGCCGGCCACCCAAAAUGAGAAACCGCCCCACACCCCGGGUCACUGUGUCCAAGGACAGACAGAGCUUUGGCCCCAUCAUGGUCUACCAGACCAAGUCCCCAGUGCCACUCACUUGUCCCAGCAGCUGCAUCUGCACAUCACAGAGCUCUGACAAUGGCCUCAAUGUCAACUGUCAAGAGUGCAAGUUCACCAACAUCUCUGACCUGCAGCCCAGGCCUACCAGCCCCAAGAAACUCUACCUGACUGGCAACUAUCUCCAGACCAUCUAUAAGAAUGACCUGCUAGAAUACAGCUCCCUAGAUCUCUUGCAUCUGGGUAACAACAGGAUAGCCAUCAUCCAAGAAGGAGCCUUCUCCAACCUCACCAGUUUGCGAAGGCUCUAUCUGAAUGGCAAUUACCUCGAGGUGCUGUACCCCGCCAUGUUUGAAGGACUGCAGAGCUUGCAGUAUCUCUACCUAGAGUACAACGUCAUUAAGGAGAUCAAGCCACUGGCCUUUGACCCCUUGAUCAACCUGCAGCUGCUUUUUCUGAAUAACAACCUGCUGCGCUCCCUGCCUGACAACAUCUUUGGGGGCACUGCCCUGACCAGGCUGAACCUGCGCAACAACCACUUCUCUCACCUGCCUGUCAAAGGGGUCCUGGACCAGCUACCGGCUUUCAUACAGAUUGACCUGCAGGAGAACCCCUGGGACUGCACCUGUGACAUCCUGGGGCUGAAGGACUGGACAGAACAUGCCAACUCCCCUGUCAUCAUCAAUGAGGUGACCUGUGAGUCCCCCGCUAAGCAUGCCGGGGAGAUCCUCAAGUUUCUGGGCAGGGAGGCCAUUUGCCCAGACAGUCCCAACCUGGCUGAUGGCACCAUUUUGUCAAUGAAUCACAACACAGACAUUCCUGGUUCACUGAGCGUAUCUCCCAGCUCCUAUCCUGAGCUCCACACUGAAGUUCCCCUGUCUGUCCUGAUUUUAGGCUUGCUGGUGGUCUUCAUUCUCUCAGUCUGCUUUGGGGCUGGCUUAUUCGUGUUUGUUCUGAAACGCCGAAAGGGAGUGCCAAGUGUUCCCAGGAGUGCCACCAACAUAGAUGUCAGUUCUUUCCAGUUACAGUAUGGCUCCUACAACACAGAGACCCAGGACAAGACUGAUGGCCACGUCUACAAUUAUAUCCCCCCACCUGUGGGCCAGAUGUGUCAGAACCCUAUCUACAUGCAGAAGGAGGGGGACCCAGUAGCCUACUACCGAAACCUGCGGGACUUCAGCUAUGGCAACCUUGAAGAGAAAAAGGAAGAGCCAUCCCCCCUGGCUUACACUAUCAGUGCCACAGGGUUGCUGGAGAAGCAGACCACUCCAAGAGAGCCAGAGCUACUGUACCAGAACGUCGCCGAGCGAGUUAAGGAACUUCCCAGUGCCGGACUUAUCCACUAUAACUUUUGUACCCUUCCUAAAAGGCAGUUCACCCCCUCCUAUGAAUCUCGACGCCAAAACCAAGACAGAAUCAAUAAGACUGUUUUAUAUGGGACUCCCAGGAAAUGCUUUGUGGGCCAGUCAAAGCCUGACCACCCUUUACUGCAAGCUAAGCCGCAAUCAGAACCAGACUACCUCGAAGUUCUGGAAAAACAAACUGCGAUCAGUCAGCUGUGAAGGGAAAUCAUUUACAACCCCAUGGCAUCAAAGGCUGCUGCUCCAAACUGUUGGAAGCAAGCGCUGCAUUUGCCUUUGUGUUUGUCUGUGAGCUCUCUUCCCAGGCAUCAGUGGAGGGACUUUGACAGUGUCUGGAAGGGAGGGGGUGUGCAGCAAAGCUCCAGCUUUUUCAAGUUUUCCUUUAAAUUAUUUCUCUCUCACUCCCCUCCCCCCACCCCCUUCUCUUCUUAGAAAUUGUCAUUUAACAUGGAUAUUUUGACAGUGCAGGUUUUUUCCCCCUCAAAUAUUUUGUUUAUGGCUCUGUUUCUUUUGUUUCUUCUUUUUAUUUUUUUUCCAGUGUGGGAAUGGAAAGAGGAGAUGGUAUUGAAUGGAGAGUGAGUAAGCAGGCUUUUUCAAAGGAAAAUGGCUCCUCAGUGUGUUUUUUGUCGAAGAUCUCCAAAGAUCUUUUGAGACUCUAAAAUCUUUUGUAAAUAAUGCUAUCUGGUAUUUCAGUCUUCAGUUACCAAGCAUAGCCACUAGGCAUCACUUCUUUGUGUUAAAGUGCCUUUGCACUUUAAGUACUUUACUUAAAUGUUGCUUUUAGCUUUGAUAAAUUGAACAUAUUUUGAUGUGUUGUAUUUUUGAAAUUAAAAACACUGUAAAAUAGAUCCAGAUGCCAGCUAUAUUAAGUCAGCAUACUCGUACUAUUUGCUUGAGUUAUAGAAGCCAGCCUGUUGUCCAACUAUCUAGUUGUAGGACUUUAGAGAUUUAACUGUAAAGUAUUUCUUUUCCUCUGGGUUUGUUCUAAGUGAUUUUAUUUAAGUCAACUAAGGAGAUUUAACAGUGGACUAGAGGUAAUAAACCGCCUCAGUGGGGAUAAGUAAUUCAUUAAUAAAAUAUAUUUAACCCAAUACCAGAGUGAAUUGAACAAUUAAUGCCCUCCCGCAAAUCAUUAUUUUACACUAACAUGGUCAGUGUUUUAGAUUAUUUUCCUAAUUCAGAGUACAUUACACAACUUGUAAUAUAUUUUUUCUGCAUUAAAUUUAGAUAUUUUUAUAUAUUUAAAUGAAAGAGUCUGUAUUUCUAACUUUUUAAUUGAAAUUAAUAUUUUUUCUGCCUACUGAAACAUUUUCUAUAAACACACACCAGUAGAGGCCGCCACACACCUCAUUUAAUAAAGACAUAUGAGCCAUUAACUAUACCUUGAAGGAAGACUUCAAAGGUGAAACUUAAACUCCCCCAGUAAAUCCUCUGCAAAUUCGAGGUAGUAGAGACAAAGGUAUACAUUGCUUUUCAUUUUCUUGAGGAUUAAAGGUUAGACUCAGAGUCCUUCGCAAUUCUCACACUUUCAGAGGAAGCAGUGUUUUCCUGUUGAGUUUAAUGAACCAUGGAAGGGGUGCUUCCAACCCAUAUGUUGGUUGCAUUUCCAGACCCCGUUUCAGUACCCAAACCAAGAAAGUAAGCAUCUCUUUUUUGUCCCCUUCAGCCUUCCUCAGACAUGUUUUACUUGAAUUUAUUCCUUGUCAGCUUGAGCAAGCCUUUCAUUCUAGCCUUAGCACUAAAAUGAUUUUAACUAACCAAAUUUAGAUAACAUUUCUGAAGCCUUAUUUGCCUGUGAAUAAUUUUUAGAUGCAAACAUUAGCGUGUGAUUAAAACAAACAGCCCUUCUUUACAACAAAAAAUAGUUUUGUUUUGUCUAUUGUAAAUCCUUAUGCAACUGGGAUGGUGAUCUGCAUAUAAAGUAGUCCAGCUUUUCAAUUCCUUAUUAAAGCAAUUGAUGGUGUCUGAAAGAAGCACACUGUUUCCUUUUCAUAAAUAGGUUACUUCACAUAAUAAUCCUUUAUUAUCAUGUGGAGAUUGAAGUGGACCCUGAUAACUUACUUUUGAAGCUUUAAAUGACCAAUCCUAUAUGGUCUGUCACUAUAAACAAGUCAUGUGAUAGGCUUUCAAUUAGAAAUUACUUAUAACCAAAUGUGGGUUAAUAAGUAAUGGUGCAGAAUGAUCAUUUAAACAAUAGAAGGCGAUUGUCUACAUAUAAACGGAAAAGGCACUUGGGGGGAAAUGCUUUUCACAGUGUAGACUCUACCACGUAUCGUAUCUACAGUGACAAGCUAACCUGUGCACCCUUUUGUUAGGGAUCGUGAAUCUUGUUUAAGUCCAUCUGAUCUAGUUGGAUAUGGUGAACUGUAGUGAUCUGAGCAAGGAGAAAGUUAAUACACAGAGCAUUUGUGAUUCCCAGAAAAGGGGCUUAAGCAUUAUGCUAAUUGGACUUUGAGAUAGCUUCUGGAAAACACCUCUUCUUUGAGUGAAGCCUCCUUCUCAGAAAUCCUCUGUGUAUGUGAUGAAACACACAAACAAUGGAGGUAGGUAUUUGGGGAGGUGAUUACCAAGAAAAUUAGUAUUCAUAUCUUACUAAGACAUUUUGAGGUUGAAGUGAGUAGAGAGAACGGUUGAUGUAGUGAUUCCAUUCUGAUGUUUGUUCUUAGCAUUACCCUAAAAGUUAAGUCACUCCUGGAAAUGCCAUUGUCCAUAGAAAGACUCAUUUAUGUGUCUUAAAUAAGGAUGGUUUACUAUUCACUUAGUGACAUGAUUUUAAAAGAGGCCUCCUGGAAGAAUUCAGAUCCACAAGCUCUUUUACUUAAUAAUUAUGACUCAUUGGAGAUUCUCAUGCUUUUUAAAUUUGUGCUUUAUUUCCAUUUGAUUUUAAAAUGUGAUUGGACUGUGGGGCAGACUAUUUCAUUUAAAGCACAAUGUGCCAUAUACAUUGAAGUUUUAUUUUCCAGUGCAAGUGCAAAUAUUUAACUUAUUAAUAAGUCUUAUUAACUUGUUAGCAUCCCCACUGACUAUAUUACUUUCCAUCAUCCACUCAAAGGCUUUGGAACAUAUUUUAUUUUAAGACUUUUUUCUCCAACAGCUAGGUUUUAUUAUUUCCCUUCUAUUUCAUCUUGUAAGUGGUCUAAACAUUAGCACAAUGGAAUUCUUCUUACCUACUAAACACCAUUUUUCAUGACCUUGCCUGGAACUUAUCUAUAAGUCUGCCCAACAGAUGGCAAAUGGUGAUACCUUUCAAUUAUAGCGUUUGAUUACUUGUGCUCACUAUUUCUGAACACACCUGUGACUAAUUUUGUACUGAGCCACGCUAAGAAAUCAUUUCUCUUUCUGGACACAAUUUCUGAGUCUAAUUUGGUUCUGAACUUUGGUCCACCUGUGUGCCACUAUCAGUUCCUUCUAGCAGUUGAUAAAUAAGGAAAUGACCCUCCAAUUUCCUCUGUUUUGUCCACUGACUUCUAAGGUGAUUCAGUUUUUCUAAAUAUUUCCAUGCCACCAAGGGCAUAAUAAUUUGUGGAUUUUACAAAAAGGGUAUAAGGAUCAAGAAAGGGGUGCUGUACUUUUUGCAGCUUUGGGAAUGCCUUUUGGUUGUACACAUUACUGAAGUGCAUAGGAUUGGAUGCCAGAGUGAAGAAAGUCUCCCCAACAGUUCUCCCAACUCCAAUAUAUAUUUUUCAUUCAUUCAUUCAUUCAUUCAUUCAUUCAUUCAUUCAUUCAUUCACUAAGUAUCUCUUCCUGCAUACCAGGUUCUCUUUCCAUGCCAUAUACUGAGGGGCACAGAAUUACAAUAGCCAGAAUCUCUUCCCCAACUCCUUACUCCACACCCCUGACAGGGGGCUUCAUGUUUCUAAAGAAACAUACCUAAAUGCUAGCCACCAACCAGCUACUGAGACAUGAAACACAGGGCUUGGAUCUUUAAAGGUGAUUCUGUGCAAUGAGAUAUAAACUCUAGCUCCAGUGUAACCACCAUUAACAUUUCUUCUUAGCUACACAACUAAAAAAGAAACCCCCCACUCAAAGAAAAGAAAGCAAAUUCCUGCAAACUACGAUAAGACUCAACAUUACAGCCUGUAGAAAGCUAGCAUAAAUGGGCUAUGAAAAGAUCUGCAUUGUCAAGAUGAAACCCAAGGUUGUAAAUAUGAAACCACAAGUUCUUACAUGUUCUGGAAUUUCUGUAUUUCAGAAGCAACACUUAUUUUAUAUUCUAGUGGCUUAAACGAUUAAAUUUUGUCUGAAGUGUCUUUUACCAACACAAUAAGACACUUAACCUGAAUCCAGAGAGAUAGAGAGUUUUGUAUUGUAUAUAGGUACAUUUUUCUUUUCAAAAAUGGUUAUGUGCAAAAGCCCCAUGUGAAUUGACAUUUUGCAAAUUAAAUUGUAUUUUACAUGCAUUAUGAGCACUGUCAUUUAAAGGAAACUUUGGGAUCCUUUUAUAAAUAACACAAGCAACCAUUUUAUAAUACAGGCAAUGAUUCUCUGAUUUAUCUGUUUUAUAUGUUUGGAUUUUCAAUAUCGACUUUGCUUAAAACAGAGUCCACCUGCAUAAUCAAAGUGCUUUUUGCCAAUACUGCUUGCGCUCCCAGUUUCUUGGUUGCUAAGGGCUUAUACUUGAAAAUGUACUGUUGUUUUGUGUGAAGUGAGCUAUGGAGCCAUUCGAAGGUGGUACCGUAGUGUUCCUGAAUAGUCUGAGUAUCCAGCCCAUGUCAACUCAAUUGAAUGCAGGAACUCUUCUGCCCAACAGCAGCUCCUGUCUCUGAUGUGGCCACAUUUUCUAAGUGCGUGGAGUGACUCUGUAUUCACAUUCUAUAAAGUUCUUAGAGUUACAGGUUUUAUAAUAAAUAUAUGUCAUUAUGUAAACAUAUUGACUUGCAUGUGUGUUGGAAUUUUUUAGCAGUAUUUUAGCUUGAAACUACAUGUACAAAUACUGUUAGAUUUAGCUGCAAAUAAUUGUUCUCAAGUUAUUGGAAUAAAUGGCAAAUGAAACAAG